UCUACGUACCAAGGAGUUAUUGUUAGCGGAGAGCGCCACACAUUAAAACCAGCGCCAGGCUCACCAAGCGGAUGCGGUUUGUGUACAGUCCGCGGCUCCUGCGGUGACCCGUUUCGCAAAACCCCGGCCGACCAGCUCACAGCCUGGCGUCGGAGGGCUGGGCCGCUUCUCGCUUUAAAGUUCAGGCGCCCCUGUCACUUGGCUGGUUUAUAACAAUGGUGAGCAGCGUUGCUCUGCGGGCUCAGAUCGCCUCAGUCAUCGAUGCCCUGUCCAAAGCAGCCGUGGCAGAGAUCUCCAAAGUUGUAGAGGACGGUAUGGUGGUGCUGCGGCUGGAAAUGUGUCAGCGCGAAAACGAGAUCAAGAAGCUGAAGAGCAACAUCGAGGUCCUUCACACCGAGCUGAGAGCAGCGCGGGGCAGAGUGACCCUGCGACCCAACGACCACGGGAGAGAUGGCAGUCAGUGUGGCACCGGUGACGAGAGGACCUUGCUUGACAGUGUCCACGCCGGCAAGGACAACAGCAGCCUGUCCAUACCUGAGGUCCAGGUUAAACCUGAACCUGUGGAACAGGGAAGGGGAGAGACCAGAGGGCUACCCGAUCAGCUGGGAGAAGACCUGGCUCUAUACGAAGGCAAUAGUGGGCAGUGGAGGUCCACGACGCAAAAUGAGACCGGACGCAACAACUCAGAUUAUUUACAUUUGGGGCAGAACUCUCUGUCGUGUCUCCCUGAAUCUUCCCUGGACACCGGACUGGCUGUGCCCUGCAGCAGCGCCGGCGGGUUUCAGCACAGCCCGUUCAGCCGUGGGCUGCUGGGUUACAGUCAGUACCGCAACUUGUACAACACGGUACGGAGGAGGACGGUGAAGAGGUUAAUGUUUAAGAAGGGCUUUAUCUGUCCAUAUUGCGGAAAGUGUUUUGAGCGUGCCGGGCACCUCGAGAGACACAAAAGGAUCCAUACUGGUGAGAAACCAUAUCGUUGUGAGAUAUGUGGGAGACGCUUCAAUCAGAAAUGCAGCCUCAAGGAGCACAUGAAGAUUCAUAGAAGAUGUAUUCAGCCCAGACCAGUUGAAGUCCAAGUAGGCGAACAGAAGCCAAUUCCUGAGGUGAAUCCGUGCACUGACACUCAUCGGCCUGAGGAAGAGAGCCAGACGAAUGGUGAGGAGGGCCUACCAAAGAAUGACGACAUCCUCCCAGCACCUGUACAGGUCAAAUCUGAGCCUGCAGAGGAGGAUAUAACACAACCACUGUUUCAUGGAGAAAAUGGGCAGACAAGGGAGGGAGUAGACAACCUCAGUGAGAACUUCACAGGAUUUGAGAGAGACAGCCAGCAGUGGAUAUCCAGAUUACAAGGACAAAACAACACAGAGAUGAGCAAUAGAGAAUAUCUCAGCAGCCCGGCACAGAAUAUCACAUCCUUCCCUGGGAUAGCUCAGUUGCUCCCUGCACCAGUCGAAGCUUCUUGUAGCAACUUCCCCUUUCCAGGGAAACCAUAUGGGGAGCUGAAAAACAGCAUGAUCUCCCAAACACCCUAUGGAUCGCUAGACACACUCCUGAUAUCAAGUGAAGCGGGCUUACAUGGUAUGGCGGAGGCCUCACUGAAUCACCACCGACAGAGGAGAAGCAGGUCUUUUCAGGUGAUCAAACCAAAGAAAUGCUUCGUCUGCUCGUACUGUGGCAAGGUCUUCGAGCGCGCCGGCCACCUAGAAAGACAUUUACGAAUUCACACUGGGGAGAAGCCGUACGGCUGCCAUAUCUGCGGGAGGUGCUUCAAUCAGAAAAGUAGCCUCAAGGGCCACAUGAAGACACACAGAAAUGGGGAGAACACAGAUGUGCUGGAGGCACAUCAACUGAUGUUUACAAUGCCUGAUAAUCAACCGCUGGAGAACCUGGCAGAGCCUAAGAUCGGACUGGCGGCUUUUGAGGAACAGUUGCCGGGCAGCGAGGCAGUCGGUGAGCAAACGGUAAUGGUGAAGGUGGAGCCAAAUGGGGAUUUUCGGACUCUAGGUCAGGCAGGGCCUGGUAAUGGCACAGGAGCACCAGACAAAAGUCAGCUGUGGACAUCUGGGAUAGAGACGAGUGGUGACACAGCAGAACAAACUAUCUGUGUGCUUUCACAUGAUGUCAAGUACCACAUCAGUCCUGCUGCUGGAGCAGCCUAUGAGCAGCAGGGAUACACAUCACCAAUCAAGGAUCUGCCUUUUCUAGAUGACAAAGAAAAGGAAGAAAUGAUGCACGGUGAUCAGUAUUCGGUGAUAGGAAUGCAGUCGAGAAGCUCUGAUAUGACUCGCACAUCGGAGCUACAAGACGAACAUAUUACGCACGAGGUGGCUGUGAACAACUACAUCGCAGUGAGUGACAGGACUCAGGGGGGAACUGCCUUUGAUUUGAAUAUGAGCGGUUCAAGCAAACACAAGGACAACUGUGGCAGUGAUGCCACCGGACAAAAUUGCUUUAUAUGCUCAAGUUGCGGGCAAAGCUUUGAUAGUUUCAGUUUAUUUCAGCGGCACCAGUGUAAAAACAUCACUGAGCAAUCCUAAGCAAAGCUUAAGCUGAAGAAAGGCAGUAAAGGCAAAUAUGUGUGUUUGGCUUCAUGUAAUUUGCACAAAAUUUUCUCCAUCAUUCUUACUUAUUAAAAAAAAGUAUUACUCUUGUUUGAGCAUUGUUGGCACGUACAGUGAACACAAUAGCCCUUCACUUGCGCUGUGUUGGCCCACACUGGGCUUUUGAGUGGCUUUGACAAUAACCUAAUUACUGUAAGUAGCAACCAAACAAAGUCAAGUGUUGUUUUAAGUUGCACUUGAAGCCGUCCCAUUUUCUGGUCUACAGCCAGAACUGUUGCUCAGAUUGGUCACUACUUUCACUUUACUGGAUUUAUUUUUUUUUAUUAUUUAUUUUUUUU